AUGGCCAUUCUGUUCAGUCGCGCUAGACAACAAAAGAAGAACCCUUGGUUCUUCAGCCGCCUCCCCUGCGAGAUUAGACGCCUUAUCUAUGAAGAACUCUUCGGUCGUCGAGUGAUACACAUCAUGCACUACAGCUCAACCGAGGCAAAAGAGUCAAGGCGUGAGAACAGGCCCAGGAAAAACAUCCCCGGAUGGGUUCAUUGUGUCUGCCGUAGACCUCUAGACGCAGAACCACAUCAACACAACGAGUCUGACCACAAAUGGUGCUAUCUCUCAACCAGUUUCCUAGUUACUUGCAAACAAGCGUCAGUAACUAACCCUACCAUAAUGGGCUACAUAAUAAUUACCAAAUUAUACAGCUUUGAAGAGGGAAUAACGACGCUUUACGGCUCCAAUGUGCUCCUAUUCCGCAGCGCUGACGAGUUCACCGUCUUCUCCCGGAUGAACUUCCACUACGCCGGCGUAAUGAAGAGACUGGGUUUCCAAAUCAACAUGCGGGUUUCACUACAGUCCUUCGAAACAAUACUUGAGUAUAUCAGCAUAUAUUUCGACUUCCAGAGCAUUGAUGUCCGGAUUAGUCUCUCACCUUUUUCCCUCAGCGUGGAACUGUUGAAGAAAUCCGUUAUAAGUCGACUUAGAAUCCUUGAGCGCUUAUCAGCCCCUCCCUCGCGAUUCAUUGACCUCACCCUGAUUCUUCCUCCUGGAUACGCCGUGCCCCUCUCGGCAAGUCUAAGAAGAACUGGAUUCGAUCAUGUGGUUGUUGAAGAAAGAGGAUCUGCAGAGGGCAACGGGAGUACGAUGAGCUGUGGUGAGGCUUCUGACGACGAGCAUUCUGAGUAUGUCUUCUUUUGA